GUUGAUUUUGAUUUACUUAUUUAUACGACCAUAACAACAAAAUUGUACUAGCUUCCGAGUCUUGAUUUUUUUAGUGAUUGACGCGGCACGAUUCGUCAACAAGACCAGUGAGGAGGUUAAUAGAGAGUAUGGACAAGCGCUGACAGGACUUCAGCAUGGAGAAUCCACCUAGUCACCUGUAGCUGAGCGCAGCCACAGCGCUCCGCAAGCGCGGUGCUGUGUUUUCAGUGUGACGCGAAGUGGUUACGGCACGCUUAAUAUUAUACAUAGCUCUUGCGUUGCGCGUUGGACUUUUUGUCUCGCGCAACUUCUACGAACACCAACACGUGGGACGGUUUCGUGGCAAGACGAGUCCAAACGUUCGGGGGCACCGUGCUCAUUACCAGGAAGCAGCUGAGGAAGUGAAAUAGUUUCAACUUGCAAUACCGGCACAACGCUGCACGAUGAGAAUUGAGAUCCACUUUCUUCUUCUGCCUUUCCGGCUUGUACAAGCGACAAAAAUCCACUUAAAGUAAGUAAAUACUUGCGUGCUUCGAGGUAGCGCUACAGUGAAGAUCAUUCAGUGUCCACUCGACAUUCGACCCUGUUCACCCUCAUCUCAAUCGCUCCUCUUUCGUGACGCCCCAAUUGAAGCGCAGACGACCGACAGGAGCGGCGACGUUGAUAGCAGCACAAACACGAUUUUUGGUCUCCGAAAACAUUAUAUAUUUUGGUGCUUGUUCCACCACUCCAGUGUAGCUGUUACAAUUAGAAGUAAUUUUCGCUGCAAGAGGAAAGCAUAAUGAGUGAUGAAAUUCCUGAGAGCAGCUUGCCGGACGAUGAAGCGGCGGCGGUGACUUUGGCACCGUGGCUCAACUUCCCCUGCGAGCUCGCGGAAGAGUGCGCGAAGGAAACACUCGACGAGAUAGUAGCAGAAGGUGGAUCCAAGAUUCACUUUCAUCGACUCGCGGAAAAAAGUACCCCUUUUGCGGCCAAAGCCGUGACAAAAUCGAUACUCAGCCACGUUGGCAUGUGCUUCGUGAAGCACGAAUCAUUAGUCGACGACACAUUCCAUCUAGAGGUACUUGAAUAACAGAUGACAUGUGCUUCAAUGCCAUUACUUAUAAAUAUAUACUUCAUCGGUAUAACUAGAAGUUGGAUGAAAUUGAAGGGCAUACUUCUUGCUGCAGCAGUAGAAAUCUACCUAUGUAUGAUUAUGCAUGAAGGUGAAGCUUUUGAUCAACAUAAACCAGCAUUGAUCGUAUUUUUUCCGAACCUCCAUCAAUAUCCAGAAAAUACCUCCAAUUGUGCCAAAUCCGUCCGAUUUUUGGGGCAGAAUGAUACGACCUGUCAUGCCAGUAGACGAACACGAGAGGCGGUUGCGGGAGCAAAAUCAUCCGCCAGGAUCACCUAGUAAUGCAACAGCGAAAUCGUCUCCAGGUAUACAGUUUAUAUCCUAGUAAUCCUUCUAUGUCAUACCUGUGACUCCUGCAUGUUGAUCAUAGUGUUCCUGAUGGAUCAAUGUUCCUUACAACGAAUUCUACUCCUACAUCAAUUAUUCCUUGAUAUGUACUUCAGGCGGCCGGAGCAAGAAGAGUGCUGGUGACAAGAGCAGCAUAGAUGCUAGUCCAAAACAUGAUGAUAGAGAUCGAAAAACGAAGAUCGUGGAGGAAGCACACGAAGACGACGAGGAAAAUAAAUAUCGACAAUUAUGGCUUAGGGGUCUCGGUAGAGGUAGUAGUUUGAGUUUCAACCUGGAUUUUCAUAGAUGCAAAGUAGUAGCAGUUACAGUUUUCUUGACUUUGCUAGGUUCUAACACGACUGUUCUUCUUGGCUGUUGACGCAUCGACGUCAACCGCACGGUCAGUGAGUCACGCUUUCUUCACAUUUUGCUAAUAAUAGUAAAGGAGCGGGAGGAGAAAGCAAAAACCGAUGCAAUACAGAAAGCGGCUGACGAGAAAAAAGCUGGAGAGGAGCAGAAGAGAAGGGCAGACCGACUUCUAGAGCAGAUGACACAGCAGUCAUGGACAUUCGACACAAGCGGUCGCCUUAUGUGGGUCGAGCAAAUGGACGGAAACAAGUACUCCUGCUUUUACAACUAAUUGCUUUCGCAGCUGUUGGUGUUGCAGGUUGUUGAAAGUUCCCAAGAGUAUGCAAUUGGCGAAUUUAUUGGUCCACUACUCGGAUACAUAGGGAAAGGCCAUCAUGAUUUGUCUCGUAAGACAAAAAGUGAUCUUUUGAUUUACUGCUAUCCUAGGUUGCCGAAGGUGAUAUCAGAGAUAACUUCCAAGGGAGAGGCAGUUGGAAAGAAAUCGGCGAAAAAAACAAGCAACGACGAUAGUCCAUCACCCGACAAUAAGAGCCAAAAGUCCCCAAAAUCUAGAUCUCCAGGGGGUGGCAAGAAGAAAGACAAGAAGGUAAAUUUUCGAUCUAGUUGUAGAUAGACGUAGACAUCAUGAAAUGAGUGACUACCUAUGAAUAACAAAUGUCUGCUGCUGCUCGUUUAUUUCUAGAAUAUGAUCUUACAAACUGCAUCCAGUAGUUUUGUUGCCGAAACUGCACUGGUUAGGGUUAUAUUUCAGAUCCUUAUCUCAAAAUUACAGCCGCAAUUUACCGAUGGUUUCACGCGUCUGCAGUCGGAGCAGCCACCAAUAACAGAAACGAUGAGCGUUCGCGCUGGUGUCACAUUAAUGGCGAAGGGGCAAAUGCGAAAAGGAGCGCCGAAGGACGACGAGCGCAUGUCAAGAGCGAAGUAUGCGCAGUUUCUCGAAGCCGAGCAGUCAGGGUUUGAUUUUAUUCUCAUGAUUUAGAUCUGCUUGUUCAUUCUUUUUCUCUGUUAGACCUUAGCGAGUUCAAACGCAAUCACAGUCAUCAAUGUCAAAAACUGAAUCAAUGAAUCUCACAACUAGAUGGGUUGAUGCUGUAUUUGACUUUAGAGAAGUUCUUUGUUUUAUUAGAUUAAUUUAGAUCAUUGUAUCAACAUCAAGCUCACCCCGGCUGGUCACCGGGGCCCAAUGGGGCAGCACUACCGCGCGAAACGUCGAAGGAUGACCUCCGCGCCUCGGCGCCCUCGGGCGAGGUCCGGGGCUUGGCUCUUGGUUCUGCAUUAUACGAAUGGAGCCCGGUGGGACACCGGGGCCCAGCAGGGCAUCUAUUCGCGCGCCCCGCCGCCGCCUGGCGAGUAUUAGGGGCCGCAUCCGCGGCGAUGGAACAAGUCCACCCCUGGCGUGGGUGGUUGUAAGUACGUGUUUCUUGCCUGCGGCUGGCGCAGUGGCUCAACGUGGGGCGAUUUUAUUUCGGGGGUUGUGGUUGCGGUCGGCGAUGUGUUGGCUUUUCGAAAACAGCUGCGGCACCGUGCAGGCGUGCUGCCGCUCCCUUCUCGCGCACUUAGCGCGGGCGCGUUGCCAUCGUUGAGCAUGCGCUCCGGACUACGAUGCAGCUCGCCGCGGGGAGGUCCGGCGCUUGGGGACUAGAUGCCUCUGAGGAUGUUCUGCUUGCUACUUUUACCGCUGCGCCUGCUCACUCUUUUUCAGUGUUAGCCAGGCUACAGCACUCGCCACCUUCGUGGCCUCUGUUUCGCCAUGUAUGACAGCACUGGCAAACGCACCCGGACCGCGGCGCCUUUUGUUAGGGCUCUCCUGCUUUUGCCUGGCGCGUCGCUGUGCGUCAGACUCAGCCUGUGGGCCGUCUGUAGAUCUGUGGGUGGCCGUCUAUCCUUCUCGUAAUCGUAAUAGCAUCAAGCUCACGAACACGCGCCACACAUUUUACAGAAAUGCCACCGGUUUUGCAUUUGGUGCAACUCUUUAUGGGGAACUUGAUAAGUCGUCGUUGUUGUUGUACAACAUCAACCAAGACCGAAACUAAUGAAAGAGCAGUUUUUUGGUGAAAGUGGUUUCGAAAAAGAGUCCUAUCAUAUCAACACCUUGGUGCUACUCAUUUUUAGAAGUUCCACCUGUUACGUUAACGAACUCGGUUAAUAACUCCCCAAACCCAAUACCUUUCAUCCUUGCCCGGGCACGAAGACGCCAUCCGAAUUGCCACCUUUGGAGGUGUCUCCUGCGGACUUACCAAAGAUGACUGCUGGGUCGGUAGCAAGCUCGGCGAGAGGUAGUGAAGCGGGCGGCGCUGGCGCUGGGGACGCAGGGUUUCCACUCUCAGCACCGCAAACAACAAAGGAUUGGCGUCUGAAGAGAGACGCGAUAGGCAAUCUCGGGCGCUUCCCACGGCACCACGUAAACACACUAGGAACAGCAGCUUCAGGAGGGUUUGCUAGGUGUCUGCCGCAACCGGUACUACUAAUCUUAGUCUUUUGACUUCUUUUAAUGAUUAGGUGGAUCAUCACCCGUUUUCUGACUGGACAUAUCGUCACGCCGCGCCUGGCAUGCCACAAAAGCCGCAGCUGGCGGGGACUGUGGCGACCAGACAUACCAUAGUCGAUCGCAAUGACGACCAUAGCACUACACACACAGAGCACAAAGAAAUCCGGCGGGAUCGUACGCGUCGCCCGGAGCGCAUCAAAACAAACAAACAAAACAUAUGUUAAAUUGCAUGUCAUGUAGGGAUGAAACACGCAGCUGAGUGCAUGGUCGAGUUGAAGGCACUUGUUUUUUCCAAGUCCGUUUAAACAUUAUACAUAUCCGCGCCCUCUUCCAUUCUUCCAGAUGCUUGGAGCCACGAUGGGUCAUGGCCUGCAGCGCGAUCAAUCUUUCUUUUUUCCUGACACUCUCACAACUAACGAGUUUGACCGCACCAUGAGUCGAGCCUCGACGACAGGAAAGUCAUUGUACUAACUUCUGAGCUUAUUACGUAUCCAGUUUCUUUGGAAUUGCCAAUUAUGGGGUUCUCCAAGAAAAUUUCUAGGGUUGUCACUUGAACGUUCACAUUCAUAUCAAUUAUGGUGAAUGUCUGAAUUGUUCUUAGAAGUUAACCACAAUGACCACAUCUAAAAAACCGAUCCAUCCAACUACAUCAGCUACCAAACGCAUCGUUCGGAAACGACUCCUUGGGGUGAGGUGAUGGACCGAGAGCGGAGGCAUGUAGUGAAUUCUAUUCGAAAAUUGGACAUCCGAUCCAAUAUGCGUAGCGGUGGCGGUCGCAUGCAGACUCGCGAGAAAGGUCGACAGAUUCUCCAGAAAGCGAUGGGAACCACGCAAUAG